UCUUAUUUACAGCUAACCAGUACCGACCAUGUCUGGAUUCUAGCAUAUACUGUAUCUCCAUCUCUACAACACACACUUAAUAAUAGAGUGAGAAAAUAUGCAUGCAUCACAAGAGGAGAAAGAAAUGAAGCCCUCUUCAUCUUCUUGGCUUGUGCGUAGAUUUUUCUCUUCCAAGUCGCCUCCAUCUCCGCCCCUCGAAAAUGGAGGCGACGAAGCUAAGGCAACUCAAAAGCAGAGAACGCCCGGUGGCUGGAAAGCCAUGCCUUUUAUUCUAGGAAAUGAAACUUGUGAGAGGUUGGCAGCGAUGGGAAUGGUGGCAAAUUUCAUGGUAUUUCUGCUAAAAGAGUUUCACAUGGAUCAAGUGAUGGCUACGAAUGUGAUAAACAUAUGGAUGGGAGUCACAAAUUUUGCUCCCUUAGUUGGUGCUUACAUUUCAGAUGCCCACUUAGGCAGAUUCACAACUAUUGCUUAUGCUACCUUUUCUGCUCUCAUGGGCAUGAUGAUGAUGACCAUAAUAGCAUGGCUGCCCCAGCUGCACCCUCCCCCAUGCAAGGUACAACCCCACCAAUGCACCGGUCCGACCAAACCCCAGCUCGGCGUUCUGGCGCUGGCCCUCGGCUUCCUCGCCAUCGGCUCCGGCGGGAUCAGGCCGUGCAGCAUCCCCUUCGGCGUCGACCAGUUCGACGCCUCGACGGAGGAAGGCCGGAGGGGGAUCAACAGCUUCUUCAACUGGUACUACAUGUCCUUCACCGUUGUCAUGAUCAUCGUCUACACCUUGGUCGUCUACAUUCAAGACUCCGUUAGCUGGGUCUUGGGUUUCGGCCUCCCCGCCGCGCUCAUGAUCCUCGCCAUCGUCCUCUUCUUCAUUGGCACCAAAUUCUACGUCUACGUCGUGCCCGAGGGAAGCGUCUUCACUAGAAUUUUUCAGGUAAUCGUCGCCGCCUACAAAAAGCGCAAGAUGCACAUCCCCGACCCGGACACCGGCGUCUAUUUCGACCCCCCACAGUUGAAGGGGGCGCUGGUUACUAAGCUCGCUUUGACCAAUAAAUUAAGGUGCUUUAAUAAAGCGGCCUUGGUCAGUGAAGGCGAAGUAGGGGAAGAUGGGUCAAACUCCAAGCCAUGGAGGCUAUGUAGUGUCCAAAAAGUGGAAGAAACCAAAUGCCUAUUCAAAAUCAUCCCAAUUUGGGCUUCGGGCAUUAUUUGCUUUACCGCUAUUGUGCAACAGGGGACCUUUACAUUGUCUCAAGCCUUAACAAUGGACCGUCACCUCGGUCCAAAGCUUGAGAUCCCAGCCGGGUCGCUAGCAGUUAUCUCGAUGGUCACAGUGGCCUUAUGGCUCCCUGUGUACGAUCGAAUCAUGGUUCCAUCCCUUAGGAAGGUGACUAGGCUUGAAGGUGGCAUGACCUUGCUCCAUAGGAUGGGGAUCGGGAUGGUAUUCUCCAUUUUCUCAAUGGUAGUGGCUGGCCUGGUCGAGCGAAUGAGAAGGGCCUCGGCCCUAGCUCAUGGUCGACCAGACGGGUCCACUCCCAUGACAGUCUUCUGGCUAGCCCCGCAGCUAGUGUUGAUGGGGUUCGCCGAGGCAUUUAAUAUUAUUGGUCAAAUUGAGUUUUACAAUAAGGAGUUUCCGGAGAACAUGAGCAGUCUGGCUAACUCGUUGUUCUCGUGCACGAUGGCCGGGGCUAGCUAUAUUAGCGCGGCGUUGGUUAACAUCUUGCACAAUACAACGGGUGGUCACGGCCAUCCCGAUUGGUUGACUAAAGAUAUUAACAAGGGAAGAGUCGAAAAUUUGUACUUUUUGAUAGCCGGAUUGGGUGUGAUGAAUUUGGGAUACUUUGUUUGGGCGGCGCGUGGGUAUCAGUACAAGAGCAAGAUCAGAAUUGAUGACGAUGAAGAUCUUGAAUAUGAUGUUGAGCUUGAGAAGAAAGAAAGUCAACAAUCAAUAGUAUGAUAUGUUUUCAAUAUUUUUAGUAUUAUCAAUUAUGUAACAUGCUACUAGUAGUAGUACAAGUUGUUGCAAUAUGAUAAUGUAUUAGUUUUGGCAUUUUAUGCUUGGGGAUAAUAUAUGCUAAAGAAAGGAGUUUCAAAA